AUGGCUCUAUCGCCCGUAUUUAUUGGCAUUUUUGCAUUAUUCUUCACUUGUACUUGUACUGGUAAGAUUUCAAUUAAGAUAGCUCAAGGUGAUAUUGUUGUUUAUCCUAAUAACAGUUUUAUUGUUCGUAAAGUGGGUCUGUACAGUUCAUACAAGAGUAGUUUUGCUGUUUAUGCGUCGUUUCCUAUUACAAAAUAUAUGUAUUUUCAACUAUCACAAAUAUUGGGAAAUAUUAUCAAUAUGUAUAAAAAUGAAAAUAGUAACCCAAUAUUAUUGGCGAGUUCAUCAUUAAAUGACUUCAUUCAAUUUGAUCAAUUUAAGAAUGAUCUUUCGACAUUGAAAAAUCUUUUAUUUCAAGGAAAUAGUAGUCAUUUAUUUGUUAUCGAUGAUAAUCAAGUAAAAACUAUUCAGGUAUUGAACAAAACACAAAUGUAUUUGGGACGAUUAACGGAUAAUAAUCGUCAAGUAGAUAAAUUUAUGAAACCGGACAGUUUACCGUUAAUGUAUGUAGCCGAACGUAUUAAAUUAUUACAAACACAAGCAAAACUUCGUUACCUUCAUGAAACUCUAAGCGACAUUGUAGACGGAAAAUUGAAUUUUAAUUAUUUUUCUAUUCAUGAACAGCACCUCGUUUUUGAAUUAUUGCACACGAUUUCUGGUAAAACAAUUGUUUUUAACAGAUUAUAUGAACAAGAGUUCCUAAAACGAACACUUAUUACACAAAAUAUUCAUUUUGUUUGUCUGAACAAUGAUCACUUUCAAAAUAUUUCUGAACAUGACUUUAUCGGAAAUCUGAUUAUUACUAAUGGUUUUCAACUGCCGAUUUAUUCUCCAUCAAAUACUUUUGAUGUCUAUGAAUUAUACACGUUGCCGUCUGUCACAAACGGUUACCUGUAUCAGAUAAACGGUUUACCACGUUUUUUCGGGCUUAACAGCCAAAAUCAAGCAAUAAUUGAAUGGUCAUCGGAGGAAGAAAAAUUAUGUUUAUUCGAUAAAGAAGUACUUUGUAAAGGGAUUCCAUUGGUUUCUAGUAUGUUUCAUUCGUCUUGUCUUGUUCAACUAUUGACAGAUAAUUUUAGUACUGGAUGUCAAUUUGAUCGGGCAUUAGUUGAAACAGUGUCAGCAAAAUGCAUAGCAGAAGCAUUAUGGGCUAUUUCAUCAAAUGACACAAUGAACUGCACUUACAUAAACACUCAUCGAGAAGAGGACAGUAAUAAUGCUAAAUUUUUCAAGAAUGAGUCAGUAGUUAUUUCGCGAGUAGCAUUAUUAGAAAUUCCAUGUUACUCAACAGUUUUUUGUUCUUAUUUGAAAAUGCAUGGCUUUUGCAAGCCAAUCGAUAUUCGUAUGGCGAUAAAAGGUGAAAGUAAAUCGUUUAAUAAUAGUACGCUUAAUUUAACCAACACAGAAGUCGGAAAAGUGGGUGAAGCAUCAUACUUAAAAGAAAGAAUGUUCUUUGUUGAAGAUGUUAAAACAUUUUUGGACGAUUCAGAUCCAUUAAAAAAGUUUUAUGUACCACGACUUAUCAGACGCUUUAUACCUGUUUUAUCAUUUAUAAUAGCCAUAUUUUUAGCUUUCAUUCUUAUUUAUUGUCAUUGCAGUAGACGGCAGAGAAUGAAAGUCCGUCGUAGAAAAGCUUUUAAAAAAGUUCAAACCUCGCGAUAUUUACGAACGAAAAAAUAUCCGAAUAAACAUGACAAAUACGAUAUCGAAUUAUAA